AUUUCGGAAGAAAAUGUAUAAAUAUAGUUUUAAAAGUCGGACGAGUGUAUGUAAAAUAACACAGUUUAUUUCAGUAUACAUAAUGUAAAAAGCUUUAAAAUAAUAAUAAUCACUUUAAAUCUAACUAAACAAGAUUUGUUCUCAACUAAAUUCUUUUGGAAUCUGUUCAUUCCGCUUGAUUUAAGUAUUUGGUUCUAAAAUUGCAAAUGUUAGAUUUUAGGGGAAAAUUAAAAAUGUAAUCUAUGAUCAUAUUUCAUUGUUUAAAAAAAAAAAAAUCCUUUUCACUUCCCCUCUUUUUUUUAAAGUAAAAGUGUAUUUUUAUUAAAAUAAAAAAAAAAUUAAAUUAAAAAUCUCUCAAGUAAAACCUACUCAAAAGAUUUAAAUCUUCGUGAUAACCAGCAUUUUUUUUUUUUUUAUUAAUCAUUUUGUAACUUCUCCGGUUGUCACUGUGAUGAUGGACAACGCUGGUUAUUUUUUCAUUAAUUAUGUGUUAAUUGUCUGAGUUCUUUGUGAUGAUGAUGGACAGCAGUGUGGGUGUCAUGAGGAGUGACGCGGCCAUAUUUGCCGGUGCUGCUCCGCUGUAAACAAAAAGUGUCUCUGAGACGGACGCUCCGCUGAUUUUAGGGACAAUUUUAUUUCUCUCAUUUAUUAUCUCUUCAGGUAUGUCUUACAAACCCAAUCUCCAUCAACACCUUCCGGGAACUUCUGGGAACCAAGGAAACAUUCCCUCUCCAUCUUCAAUGGCAACAAUACAGUCAUACAAGCCAAUUCUAAAUGACUUUGGGCCGCCUUCGUUGGGAUUCCCGCAGGGUCCAAAUGGGAGCCAAGUACCUCAGAGUAAAUAUGCUGAACUCCUCGCCAUUAUCGAAGAACUUGGGAAAGAAAUAAGGCCUACAUACGCAGGGAGUAAAAGCGCCAUGGAGCGACUUAAAAGAGGUAUCAUUCAUGCCAGAGGGCUUGUUCGGGAGUGUCUGGCAGAGACAGAGAGAAACGCCAGAUCCUAGCGCCUCCUUCCGCAUUCUCUCCAUACGGCUGAAAGAACUGUGUCACACGGGAGUCAUGCAUGCCUUUCCUUUGAGGGGAUAAAACAAUCAAAAAAUGGAGCAUUUAUGUUACGAGUUGCGCUUUUCAUCUGCGGUUUGGAGGGAAUAAGGCACCAUUCAGAGAAUAUACCUUCUGAUUUAUAAAUGCAAGAGAUCCGGAACUGUUGCCAUUUGAGUUUUUUUAUAUAUUUCAUUUUCUUUGACCACAUAGUAUCUUUAAGAACAAAUAAGCAAAAAUGCAUGCAACUGGAUGAAAGGUCCCACAGUAGAAUCUGCAUGGCUUUUACAGGUUAGACUAGGUUUGUGCUUUUAGAAAUAGGUCUCAGGAUAAGGUAAAGUAUUUUUUCUUUGGACGCACUAAUGGAUAGGUGAGGUUUCUUUUAAUUGGGGAGAUACUGAAAAGUAUUAUAGUGAUGCCAUUACUUUCGUCUUUAUUUGUAUUUAUUACCUUGUGUAAUACAAUGUAUUUUCAUGUAAAGACAAAACAGGUCACUCUUUGGAAUUUUGUAUAUCUGUCAAUAAAUAUGACAUUCAUUGUG